GGAUUCUUCUCUCUUCUUGGGAGCGGUGAGAAUGCCGGUAUCUCGCGGCGCCCCGGCGAUGGCGCGGCUCUCCUCCUGCUCGAGAGCCUCGGCGGCUCUCCAAUCUCAUCAGGAGAGAACGAGAGAUCUCCACAAGGCGAAGAUGAGCUUGCUCAAGGCCGUGAUUGACACGAGCAGGGGAUCUCGAGCGAGCCAAGACCAGCGCGCGCUUCUCGAGGAGUCAAUGGUGGAAGUCGAAAGUUUUGAUGCGGGGACUGCCCUGGAUCUUGACAAGCUGGAUGGAACUUGGCUGCUGCAAUACACUUCUGCUUCAGAUGUUCUUUCCAUCUUGCAAGCUGGAGAGUUUCCAUUUUUCAAGGCUGGACAGAUUUAUCAAAAGUUUGAGUGCAAGGGACGCUUCGAUGGCGGACAAGUCGUGAACGUUGUAAGGUGGAGCAUCCCUGGCUUAUUGCAGGAUGGAGAAGGGGCGACGUUGUUUGUUACGGCUGGCUUCUCGGUUGUGAGUGCUCGGACGAUACAAUUGGAGUUUAAAGAGGCUAGACUCGGGGAGGUUCUGAUAAGUGAAGAGCUCCAAGCCUUGCUCGCUCCAGCCGUUCUGCCACGAACGUUUCUAAAUCUCCAGAUCCUCCAAGCUAUAAACUCUCUGGACGUUAGAGUUCCAUUGCGCGGAAGAAGACCCUCCAACGAAAGAAGGUCUCUUGGACUUCUCUACUAUCUCACGUACCUGGACAACGACAUGCUUCUCGGCCGGGCAAUCGGCAGUGGAGGAGUGUUCGUGUUUGGAAAGACCCAGUCCUUCUGAUAAAGGCGAAGAAGAAUAGAAAAAUACGAUCUGAUAGCUUGAAGCAUAUCAUGUGAUGCAGGAGACAAGGCUCGUGGUACACUCGCAUUUCACCAGGAAUAAAAUUCAUCAUUCAUGGCCCAGUGACUUUACUCGCCUCGGGCUUUUCCUCGCGUGCCUGUUACAAGAACGGUGCUCGCGAGAAAUUGUCUUAAACAAGACAAGGAGAUCUAGAAACUGGAACACUCCGGCUUUGUCCUUUUAAGCCAGAGUCUUCGGAGUUUUCUUUACGUGUAAAUAAGAACACUGUUCCGUGGAGAAGAAAAGAGUUUCUAAGAUC